UGUAGUCCAAUCAUCAAACUAGCAGGAGAGCAAACCCUCCCCUUAACCAGGACUCUGAGCCGAAGGAUAACUGGCCCUUCAAUGGACGAAAAAACGUUCCUCGGUCUUAAAACACGACCUAACUUUAAUAUAUAUUAGAAUAUAUUUAUACGAUUUAAUGUGGAGUUUCUCAGUGGUGUCAAACAUGCGUAUAUAUCCACGCAGUCAAAGAAGAGGACCACCGAAAACGGAGUUAACGUUAUCCUUUUUAUUUUAAAGUCAAGCUUGGUUGUUAUCGAAGCAUUUUUCCACUUAACUUGCUAGCUAGCGAAAAAAUCCUUCGGACAGGGGGUGACAACAGGACGAUCAUCAAUUUGAUUCCUGAAAUUGCCUCAUGUCCUGAGCUAUGGGGGCAUUCCUGGACAAGCCCAAGACAGAGAAGCACAAUGCACAUGGCGCUGGCAACGGCCUCCGCUAUGGCUUGAGCAGCAUGCAGGGGUGGCGCGUGGAGAUGGAGGAUGCGCACACGUCCGUGGUAGGCCUGCCCCACGGCCUGGACGACUGGUCCUUCUUCGCCGUGUACGACGGGCACGCGGGCUCGCGCGUGGCCAACUACUGCUCCAAGCACCUACUGGAUCACAUCAUCUCCAGCAGCGAGGACUUUGGGCCGGGCCCCGCCGACGUGGAGGGCGUCAAAAGCGGCAUUCGCUCGGGCUUCCUGAAGAUCGACGAGUACAUGCGCAACUUCACUGACCUGCGCAACGGCAUGGACCGCAGUGGCUCCACGGCGGUGGCUGUGCUGCUCUCGCCCGACCACCUGUACUUCAUCAACUGCGGCGACUCGCGCGCCGUCCUCUGCCGCUCAGGCCAGGUGCGCUUCUCCACGCAGGACCACAAGCCCUGCAACCCGCUGGAGCGCGAGCGCAUCCAGAACGCCGGGGGCUCCGUUAUGAUCCAGCGCGUCAACGGCUCCCUGGCCGUCUCCCGGGCCCUCGGCGACUACGACUACAAGUGCGUGGACGGCAAGGGGCCCACUGAGCAGCUGGUCUCGCCCGAGCCGGAGGUCUACGAGAUCACGCGGUCCAACGACGAGGAUGAGUUUGUGGUGCUGGCGUGCGAUGGCAUCUGGGAUGUCAUGAGCAACGAGGAGCUCUGUGAGUUUGUGCACUCACGUCUGGAGGUAUGCGACGACUUGGAGAAGGUCUGCAACACAGUGGUGGAUACCUGCUUACACAAGGGAAGUCGAGACAACAUGAGUGUGGUGUUGGUGUGUUUGCCCAACGCACCUAAAGUGUCCGAGGAGGCUUUGAGGAAGGAAGCAGAGCUGGACAGCUUCCUGGAGUCUCGAGUGGAAGAUAUAAUGGAAAAGUCUGGAGAAGAGGGCGUCCCAACCAUGGCCCACAUCAUGCACCAGCUUGCCAAAGAGAGCAUCCCAAAUUUACCACCAGGAGGUGGUUUCAACAGCAAACGUAGUGUGAUCGAGGCAGUAUACAACAGGCUCAACCCACAGAGAGAGGAGGAUGAGGAUGGCGCGGGGGGCUCGGACGAAGAGUCCUCGCGGGCCGCUGCGGCCGCCCACCUCCUGGAGGCGCUGCGGCAGUUCCGCCUCAACCACCGCGGCGAGUACCGGCACGUGCUGGAGGAGGCGCUGGCCAGCUACCGCACACCGGGCUCCAGCUCGUCACAGCCGCUGCCCACCUCCUCCUCCUCCUCUUCCUCCUCCUCCUCCUCCUCCUCCUGCCCCGACAACAGAGAGGGAGAAGAGGACGAGAACAUGCUCCGCUCCCCGCCCCCCUCCCCAGCCUCCGAGGAGUCCUCCGAGGAAGAGCAGAAGCCUCAGCCAGACCAACCCGACAAACCCACUGCAUGACCUCCACAGUCCUGUGGACACACACACACACACACACACACACACAACCCCCAUACACACACACACACACACACUCAUCCUGCUCCUCCUCCAGCUGAUGUUUAGACUCAGUCCCCCCAC